AUGGGAUUUAUUACCCCAGGGAAGCUCUAUGACUGUACACGUCGUAGUGUAAGGGUACCUUCGAAGAAGGCGCCCAAAAAUAGGAAAAGGCGAAGGAUAAUAAUAGAGAAUACAUUUACCGAGGAAGUGGAAUUUGACACUAAUCAAGAUGAGAUACCCAGGAGUGAAGUAAAAAAAAUUACUAAACUUGAAGAAUUCCCCAACGAAAUCCUUCUUAAUAUCUUUUCUUACAUAAAUUUGAAAGACAAUCAUUUACACUUGACUAAUUCCAAGCUCAAUAAGUUGUUUUCCUUUGAAAACUUGGGAGCAUAUUAUAUAGAAAAGAUACUAUCUCAUCAAUUUGUACAUCAUUUGAACACAAGAAUCAACAGACAUUAUCCCAAAUUAGACAGUUUACUCAAAGAGUACAAGGAAAGAGGAUUAAACAGUUUCGAGGUUCAAGAAACCGACCGUAUCUUAACAUUAUUUAAGAAAUACGAUCAAGCUUUAGAUGUUGAGGUGUUUCGAUAUCAAGUAGCAUUUCAAUUAACUUUGGAUUAUUUCUCCAAUUUCUUCAUCAUAGGAUUAGACGAUAUCGAACAAGAGAGACAGAGACGAUCCACAUAUAUUGAUAGUAAAAUAAAAGUCUUGGAAGCAGGAUUGAAAGCAGACGUAGUUGAUUAUGAUUCUAUGAGUAGAUUAGCCCUUAUACUGGAAACACAAUCAUUACAAGAAGUUAAUGGCAAUGGACCUCAAAUUCAGACCCCAGGGACCGAAGAAGCAGUCGAAACAACCGAAGUCGGAGUCUAUAAAUUUGGUAUUCCCGUACCAAAAUUCCCCCAUUCUUUUAAUAUUAUAACCCCUUCGAAAUAUACUGCCAUCAAGAUAUUAAUGACAAACUUGAAUUUCAAAUUUACCCAUGUCAAUGUUGUUCUUGAAAAUAUCCUCGAUAGUAAAUUACCCAUUAAAAAGAAACACAAACUCAUUAAGACGAUAAUAAAGAAUCAAGUAUUCACCAUUGAAGAAUCAACUUUGAUCAAAGCCUUUGAAAUGCUUAUUGAUUGCAAAUACGCUCAAGAUUUCGAGAAAAUUGUACACACAUUGUUAGAAUUAUUCUACAAGAACGAUCUGUCAGAUGGGGAAUUAUGGAAUUACGUCAAAGAUACUAAAGAGGUGGAAUUAUUUCAUCUCUUGUGUGGAUAUGCCAACCCAAACUUUAUCCUCUAA